AGAAGUCAUUUACCAUCCUCACAAAAAAAAAUAUCUAGAAGCAAAGAUGCAAACCAAAAUCUCUUCUCUCUCUCGGCCGAGCUUCACUCUCCAUGAAACAAGAGCACCUCGUCUCUCCUCCAUGGCUUUACCUUUACCAUCACCACCAUCACAGUUUAAGCACCUUCUCUGCAAGUCCACCUUCCCUCUCGCUGCCUCACUCACCCUUCUCCUCUCUCCCUGCACCGCUGAAGCAGGCUUAAUGUCGGGAAGUCCCGGUAUAGAAUCAGUUCCUGGUCCUGAAUUACCUAAGCUCGAGUUUCUUGAACGUUUCAAUGCUAGAAACCAGAAGUUCUACGCUGAAAACGAUUCAAGAUUCAAAGAUUCUCCAAUUCUCAAGAAACUACUCGAGAACUCCAAACUAAACAAAGAAAAGAAUGAAAGAGCGAUUCAAGACAAGUAUUGUCUAAGAGGAGCAGAGUGGGGAGUAGGAGACUGUUCAACCAAUGGAAUGACAGAUGAAGAGAAAGAAAAAUUCAUCGAAAUGUUGAAGAAGAAGACUGGCAUUGAAUAAAACUUUCGAAAAUCACAUUUAUGUAUUUUGCUUCUUUUUUUUUUUGGAGAACAGAGUAUCUACGCUAAAUGCAAAAAUACAAAACAUGACAAAAACAAACGUUUCGAUAAACAUCCAUUCAUUCACGGA